AUGGGUGUCGCGGGACUCUGGGAUAUACUGAGACCAGCGGCCGUGACGCGCUCGCUGGCUGACCUGGCUGUCGUCGAUGGGUUCGAGCGAAACGCGUCUGGGCUGCGGGGAUUCCGGAUCGGGAUCGACGCGUCCAUCUGGUUCUUUCAUGCAGCGUACGGGCGGGAAGGCGAGAACCCAGAGCUGCGGACGCUGUUCUUCCGCUGCGCCCGUUUGUGCGAGCUCCCGUUUCUCCCCAUUUUUGUGUUUGAUGGGCCCAAGCGGCCUGCGAUGAAGAGAGGAAAGAGGGUGGGAGGGAGUGCGCAUUGGUUGGAGGGAAACAUGCAGGCUGUCAUCGAGGCAUUUGGCUUUGAGUGGAGGAAGGCCCCCGGAGAAGCGGAGGCAGAGCUUGCUUAUCUCAACAGAAUCGGUGUCAUUGACGCUGUCCUCUCAGACGACGGCGACACCUUUCUCUUUGGUGCAACACUCCUCAUUCGCAACACAAGUCAGACCCUCUCAGGCAACCGCGUCGCGCCCGCAAAAAAUGCACAGGGCAAAGACGACGGCAAACACGCCCUUACGUUUUCCGCCGCCGACCUCCGCACCCACCCAGACAUCCGCCUCACCCGCGGCGGCCUCAUCCUCAUCGGCCUCUUAUCCGGCGGCGACUACAACACAGACGGCCUCGCGCGCUGCGGACCCCAGAUCGCCGCAGGGCUCGCCCGCGCGGGGCUCGGCGACACGCUGCUCGAGGCAGCGGAGACAAAGACGAGGCCGGAGCUCAAGCAGUUUCUGGACGGGUGGCGCGAGCAGCUGCGACAGGAGCUCAGGACGAACGCGAGCGGGUGUCUGGGCACGAAGAAGCCGGCGCUGGCGAAGCAGAUCCCGGACGCGUUCCCGGAUGUUGAUGUUCUUCUGUCGUAUGUGCGCCCCGUCACGUCUGAGACGGAGCGUCAGCCUGGGCCGGGCGCGCCGCCGGUGAGCGAGAUCAGGUGGGCGAGGGAGCCGGACGUGCGGAUGCUGGCGAGAUUGUGUGAGCAGAAGUUCGAGUGGGGCGUCAAGGAUGUGAUCAUAAGAAGGUUUAGAACGGUCGUCUGGCCUGGUGCGGUGCUGCGCAUCAUGCGCAGGGCGGUCUUGGACGCUGAGGAGGAGCGGGCGGAGAGGGUGCCUGUGACGCCGCGCAGGGACAAAGGCAAAGGUCGCGUAGGUGAUGACGCCGACGAGGACAUGGGCCCCGGGACGCCAUCGCGCAUGAUCAGAAGGCACUUCGGCUCGCGCGGCGUCGCGAUGCUGAACGCGGGGGGCGCUCGCAUUGACCCCAGCUCCGACGUCGACGACGGCGAAGAGCAGGGUGCGAGCGGGAGAGACACCCUUGUGCUCGGCAUCAGCCAGUCGCGCAAGCACGCCUCGACGGACUACAUGCCCGAGUACCGCGUGCAGAUCAACCCCUCGCUCCUCGUGUCGCUCGCAGAGUCGGGUGUCCUGGGCGACUGCAACAGGUAUCUCCCGCCGGACUCGAUUUUCUAUCGCCACCUCGGGGGUGCCACCGACCCCGAGGGAGGCCCUACCGAUCUGGGCGAAGACGCUGACAGCGAUGGCGGAGAACUCGACGAGGACGAGGAGGGCGGGCUGCCUACGGCGUCGCAGCAGAGGAAGGGCAACGGCGCGAACGGCGCGAAGAAGAAGAAGGCCGAGAGUCCGCAGGAUCCGCUGCGCCUCUGGCUGCCCGCGAGUAUUGUGCGCCGCGUCGAGCCGCGCAUGGUGAGGGCGUUUGAGGAGGCGCAGGCGGAGAAGGCGGCGCGCAAGGCUGCCAAGGCGUCGGGAGCUAGUACGGGUACGAGGAAGGGCAGGGGCACCGGGACGGGCAAGAAGACCGCUGGCAAGCGCGCGCUGAGGGCGUUUCCUAUGGAUGUUCUCGAAGAGGAGGGUGCGGACGAGUUCGCGUUGCCUGUGUACAAGCCAAAGCCAAAGACGAAGCCGAAGACCAAAGCGAAUGCAAAACCGAAGACGGCGGCGGCGCGCAAGAAGGGGACGGCAAGAGCGGGCGACAGCGAUCUCGAGUUCAUCGACCUCGACGGGAGCCCGCCGUCGUCGCCUACGCUUGCGAAUCUCCCGCCGCUCCCAGCACACAUGCGCCGUCCGCGCUCGCCGUCACCGUCGCCCUCGUGGGCGCCGCGGCGGUCGUCAGCCGGCUUGGGCGCGGGCUCCUCACCUCCCGCUCCCGCUCGGGCGGGGCCGAGCCGCAUCGCACCAAACCCGAAGAAGAAGGCACCCGCGUCCCACGCGCGUGCGCAUACUCUUGCGCAGGAGCAGGAGGAGUCAUCCGGCUCUGGUAACAACAGCUUGGAGUCGGACGACGUGCUCUUGCGGAGGCCGCGGUCGCGACCGGCGGUACCGAAGAAGGCUGCAUACGUUGACGUUGGAUCGUCUGAUGAAGACGACAAUGCGUUUGCAGCUUCGCCGCUGCUGCCUGCGUCGGCGCGUUCUUCGCGGGUGGAGAUCGACCUGUCGCGCUCGAGCGAGCCGCCUGUAGUGCCGCCGUCGAAGUCGCAACGCGCCGCUAAAGCGCCAGGUGUUAUCAAAGAGCUUGGCACGCGGACGUCCUCGGGCGAGUCUGGGGCGUCGUCGUCGUCUGCGGCGCGGUCGACGUCUACACUGGCUUCUGCGAGAACGGCGACGUCGGCGACGUCGUUUGGCGCGUCGUCGUCCUCGUCUUCGUGCGAGCGGACGUCGUUGUUGUCGUUGUUCCCUUUGUCGCAGUCAGUGUUGGAGCGGGCUGCGAUCCCGCUUGAGCCGCUGCACGAGGUGGAGCCUGCGGGGACGACGCAGUCGUCGCCGCCAAGGUCUGCGCGUCGGGUGGCGCGUCCGUUUCCGCUCCCGCCUGCGUUCGAAGCGCUCGACGAUCCCAUGUCGCGCGCGGCACCGAUUCCGAGGCACACGUUCAUGCGGCAAGGCGACUCUGGUUCUGUCGUGGAGGUGGAGAUUGUCGACCUGGAUGGCGAUGACGAUGUGCACCUAGGCGGGUCGUCGUUUGUUGCGCCAGCCAAGGCUGUUGUGCGCGAGCAGGCGCGGUCGAAGGCAGGGUCGUCGAGGGUCGCGCUGCUUUCGUCCGAUCAGGAGAUGGACAGCCCUGGCGCUUCGCCGGCCAAGUCUGCUCACUUGAAGGAUCAGAACGUGACACCGAGGCGCACGAGUGGUGCGGUGCGGUCUGCCGCGGAGGAUGUCAUUGAGAUUUCUUCCGACGAGGACGAGGACGAGACGCCUCGGCCGGCGCGAGCGCCUGCUCAGCUUGGAUUCAAGGCUGCGUCGGUGGUGCCUCCACCGGAGCCGAAGCCUGCGCGCGCCGGGAGCGCGAACCCUCUUGAUAUUGCGCGCGCCAGGGCCUUGGGAAGGCUUAAAGCAGGCAGUAGUAUUAGUGGUGGCGCAACGAGUGGCAUCGGUGUCAGUGCCGGUGGGGCGAGGGUGACAGCGACGAUCGACGCAACGUUCAAGGUGUCCAAGUCCGUGCGUGGGCCCGCGGUAGCAGUUACUCAGUCGAAGCCGAAGCCAAAGCCAAAGCCAAAACCGAAGUCGAAGGCGCCUGUCGCUCGGGACCGUGCGCAGCUGGGCGAGGAGAUGGAUGAGGAUAUUAUCAUACUCGAUUGAAGUUGUAGAUUAUCGUUGGUUUCUUUCUUUGCUUAGAGCGACAUUUCAUCUCAUCUUCAGCAAUGUAAUGCACGUGUACUUUUC